UCCCGUUCAAUUACAGAUUUCUCUAAUCUUUUAUUUGUGUAACUUGUCUGAAAUCAAAUUACCAAUGGCUCCAAAAGCUGAGAAGAAGCCUGCCGAGAAGAAGCCAGCAGAAGAGAAAAAAGCUGAGAAGAAGCCAGCCGAGAAAAAGCCUAGAGCCGAGAAGAAACUACCCAAGGAAGGCGGCGACAAGAAGAAGAAGAGAGCCAAGAAGAGCGUGGAAACCUACAAGAUCUACAUCUUCAAGGUUUUGAAACAAGUUCACCCUGAUAUCGGGAUUUCUAGUAAGGCCAUGGGGAUUAUGAACAGUUUCAUCAACGACAUCUUCGAGAAGCUUGCUCAUGAAGCUUCUAGGCUUGCUCGUUACAACAAGAAGCCCACGAUUACCUCUCGGGAGAUUCAGACAGCCGUGAGGUUGGUUCUGCCUGGGGAGUUGGCCAAGCACGCUGUGUCUGAAGGCACUAAGGCUGUUACCAAGUUUACUAGUUCUUAGUUUCAAAUUAUCGAAAAUGAA